UCUGUUUGGACGCCAGGACCCACUAAGAGACAAUGAUGUUGGGCACCGAAGGCGGAGAGGGAUUCGUGGUGAAGGUCCGGGGCUUGCCUUGGUCUUGCUCAGCAGACGAAGUGCAGCGUUUUUUUUCUGACUGCAAAAUUCAAAAUGGGGCUCAAGGUAUUCGUUUCAUCUACACCAGAGAAGGCAGACCGAGUGGCGAGGCUUUUGUUGAACUUGAAUCAGAAGAUGAAGUCAAAUUGGCCCUGAAAAAAGACAGAGAAACUAUGGGACACAGAUAUGUUGAAGUAUUCAAGUCAAACAACGUUGAAAUGGAUUGGGUGUUGAAGCAUACUGGUCCAAAUAGUCCUGACACGGCCAAUGAUGGCUUUGUACGGCUUAGAGGACUCCCCUUUGGAUGUAGCAAGGAAGAAAUUGUUCAGUUCUUCUCAGGGUUGGAAAUCGUGCCAAAUGGGAUAACAUUGCCGGUGGACUUCCAGGGGAGGAGUACGGGGGAGGCCUUCGUGCAGUUUGCUUCACAGGAAAUAGCUGAAAAGGCUCUAAAGAAACACAAGGAAAGAAUAGGGCACAGGUAUAUCGAAAUCUUUAAGAGCAGUCGAGCUGAAGUUAGAACUCACUAUGAUCCACCACGAAAGCUUAUGGCCAUGCAGCGGCCAGGUCCCUAUGACAGACCUGGAGCUGGCAGAGGGUAUAACAGCAUUGGCAGGGGAGCUGGCUUUGAACGGAUGAGACGUGGUGCUUAUGGAGGAGGUUAUGGAGGCUAUGAUGAUUAUAAUGGAUAUAAUGAUGGCUAUGGAUUUGGGUCAGAUAGAUUUGGAAGAGACCUCAAUUAUUGUUUUUCAGGAAUGUCUGAUCACAGAUAUGGGGAUGGUGGCUCUACUUUCCAGAGCACAACAGGACAUUGUGUACACAUGCGGGGAUUACCUUACAGAGCUACUGAGAACGACAUUUAUAAUUUCUUUUCACCGCUGAACCCUGUGAGAGUACACAUUGAAAUUGGUCCUGAUGGCAGAGUAACCGGUGAAGCAGACGUCGAGUUUGCAACUCACGAAGAUGCUGUGGCAGCUAUGUCAAAAGACAAAGCAAAUAUGCAACACAGAUAUGUAGAACUCUUCUUGAAUUCUACAGCAGGAGCAAGCGGUGGUGCUUACGAACACAGAUAUGUAGAACUCUUCUUGAAUUCUACAGCAGGAGCAAGCGGUGGUGCUUAUGGUAGCCAAAUGAUGGGAGGCAUGGGCUUGUCAAACCAGUCCAGUUAUGGUGGCCCAGCCAGUCAGCAGCUGAGUGGUGGUUAUGGAGGCGGCUAUGGCGGCCAGAGCAGCAUGAGUGGAUAUGGCAGCCAAGGAGCAGUGAACAGCAGCUACUACAGUAGUGGAAGCCGUGCAUCUAUGGGAGUGAACGGAAUGGGAGGGAUGUCUAGCAUGUCCAGUAUGAGUGGUGGAUGGGGAAUGUAAUUGAUCCUGAUCACUGACUCUUGGUCAACAUUUUUUAAAGAAAAAAGUUUAACAGUUUUGCAAUACAAGCUUGUGAUUUAUGCUUACUUUAAGUGGAAAUCAAGGAUUGUUUUAAAGACUUAAGGUUCAGUAUUUUUGAACACAAACUUUCAUCUAGGAUGUAACAACCGAGUAAACUAUAACUGUUAAACAAUUUUCAGCUUUUCUCUAGUUAUAUAGUAGGAUGUACUUAAGCAGUAAGUGUAUUUAGGUUAAAGCAGUUGAAUUAUGUUAAAUGUUGCUCUUAUACCACAUUACAUUGAACACUGUUUGGAUGCAUGUUGAAAGACAUGCUUUUUUUUUUUUUUUGUAAAACUCAAUAUAGGAGCUGUGUCUACAAUUAAAAGUGAAAACAUUUGGCAUGUUUGUUAAUUCUAGUUUCAUUUAAUAACCUCUAAGGCACGUAAGUUUAAGCUUUUUUUUUUUUUUUUAAGUUAAUGGGGGAAAUUUGAGACGCAAUACCAAUACUUUAGGAUUUUGGUCUUGGUGUUUGUAUGAAAUUCUGAGGCCUUGAUUUAAAUCUUUCAUUGUAUUGUGAUUUCCUUUUAGGUGUAUUGCGCUAAGUGAAACUUGUCAAAUAAAUCUUCUUUUAAAAA